AGAAUAGUUGUAAAUGACGAUUUUUUGGACAUUGUAAGAAACGUCCAGAGGACAAGACAUGUACACGUGGAGUACGACAGGUGUCUCUCUGUCCCCUCCUUAGAUCAGCAAACUUUGUCUGAGGAGGUCAGGGCGCCCUGGCUCUUCAACCUUGACCCACUGAACCUUCUGUUUAUGUUGAAGGAGAAGAACAGGGCCCAGGACUUCUUUAACAAGAUCAACAGGGACGGGGAUGAUGUUCUGUCUUACCAGGAAUUCAGAGAGCUCUUCAAGAAAGCCGGUAUUCCAGUCUCUCAGUUAGUUCUGGAUAAAAUAAUAGAAUUCUUGGAUAAAAAUAAAGAUGGAAACAUUGAUUUAAGUGAGUUUUUGGAUGGAGAUAAAAGAAUCAAGAAAAUUGCAAGAGGACAGGCAAAAGAAACUGCAAGAAGAGAAAGCUACACUAAAUAUUCUCGUUCCUUCAGAAAAGCAAAGAUUGACCCACAAACCUAUCGUCUCGAUAUUGAAAACAGCCAAUAAAAAGAACAGAGUCAAAAUUCUUGUGGCCAAUUCCUUUGAAACUACAUAUUCCAUACCAGACCAGUGGUCUCUAGCUUUUAUUCUAAGUUCAGUUUCACCAAAAAUCAACGACUCUUCUAUUUCUA